AUGUUGAACGACUGGGCCAAUGGCCCCGACUACAGUGACCACCACUACAGUGACCACUAUAGUGACCGCCACUACAGUGACCCCGACUACAGUGACCACCACUACAGUGACCACGACUACAGUGACCACGACUACAGUGACCACGACUACUGUGACCACUAUAGUGACCCCGACUACAGUGACCACCACUACAGUGACCACUAUAGUGACCACCACUACAAGACCACAGCAGACACUGUGGCCAGCUCCCCCACGACUGUCUCACUCACAGAGACCACAGCAGACACUGUGGCCAGCUCCCCCACGACUGUCUCACUCACAGAGACCACAGCAGACACUGUGGCCAGCUCUCCCAGGACUGUCCCACUCACAGAGACCACAGCAGACACUGUGGCCAGCUCCCCCACGACUGUCCCACUCACAGAGACCACAGCAGACACUGUGGCCAGCUCUCCCAGGACUGUCCCACUCACAGAGACCACAGCAGACACUGUGGCCAGCUCUCCCACGACUGUCUCACUCACAGAGACCACAGCAGACACUGUGGCCAGCUCUCCCACGACUGUCCCACUCACAGAGACCACAGCAGACACUGUGGCCAGCUCUCUCAGGACUGUCCCACUCACAGAGACCACAGCAGACACUGUGGCCAGCUCCCCCACGACUGUCCCACUCACAGAGACCACAGCAGACACUGUGGCCAGCUCCCCCACGACUGUCUCACUCACAGAGACCACAGCAGACACUGUGGCCAGCUCUCCCACGACUGUCUCACUCACAGAGACCACAGCAGACACUGUGGCCAGCUCUCCCAGGACUGUCCCACUCACAGAGACCACAGCAGACACUGUGGCCAGCUCUCCCAGGACUGUCCCACUCACAGAGACCACAGCAGACACUGUGAGAGGUUCUAGCACGACUGUUCCACUCACAGAGACCACAGCAGGUCUGCGGGUACUCACGCCGCAGACCCAUCACAAGGGCUACCACCUCCAGGGCACCUCAGAACUGCCACUGACGUUGGUCAGCGUUUAUGUACCUCAAAGUCCCUUCAUGUCCCCAUAA